GAAAUAUGGAAGGAAACUCAAUAAAUCUAAUAAAUGUCAGUGAUUUUGUACCUGGAUUAAAUGGAACAAUAAUAAACAAAAUUAUAAAUCAUUAUAAAUCAUUUACAACUAAGUAAUAUGGAAGGAAACUCAGUAAAUCCAAUAAAUGUCAGUGAUUUUGUACCUGGAUUAAAUGGAACAAUAGUAAACAAUAUUAUAAAUCAUGCCUUGACAACUAUCGGUCCUCAAUUUGCACAUCAACAAAUGCGAUAUACUAAUCAAACAGUUGCUGAUAAAGUACCUCCAGAAAUGCUACAUUUAAUUGAUCCUCAUUGGUAUCAAUUUCCACCUUUGGAUCCAUUGUGGCAUAAAAUAUUGGGUUUAGUUAUGAUUGUACUUGGAAUUUUAGGAUGGUCUGGAAAUGGUGUUGUAGUAUAUAUAUUUCUGAUGACACCAUCAUUAAGAACACCUAGUAAUUUACUUGUGGUAAAUUUGGCUUUCUCAGACUUUAUAAUGAUGAUUAUAAUGUCUCCACCUAUGGUAAUCAAUUGUUAUUAUGAAACUUGGAUCCUAGGUACCUUAAUGUGCGAUAUAUAUGCUAUGGUUGGUUCUCUAUGUGGAUGUGCAUCUAUAUGGACAAUGACUGCUAUUGCUUUAGAUCGAUAUAAUGUUAUAGUGAAGGGUAUGUCAGGUACACCUCUAACCAUUAAAAGAGCUUUACUACAAAUUGUCAUUAUAUGGUUAUUUGGAUUGUUAUGGACAAUUUUACCAAUGGUAGGAUGGAAUAGGUAUGUACCAGAAGGGAAUAUGACAGCAUGUGGUACAGAUUAUCUUUCCAAAGAUUGGGGAUCAAAAUCUUAUAUAUUGGUAUAUUCAGUAUUUGUUUAUUAUCUACCAUUAUUUACAAUCAUUUAUAGCUAUUAUUUUAUUGUAUCUGCUGUAGCAGCUCAUGAAAGAGCUAUGAAAGAACAAGCAAAGAAGAUGAAUGUUGCUUCUUUAAGAUCUGGUGAUAACCAAAAUACUAGUGCUGAAGCAAAAUUGGCAAAAGUAGCCUUAACAACAAUAUCAUUAUGGUUUAUGGCUUGGACACCAUAUUUGGUAAUAAAUUAUAUGGGUAUAUUUAAUGGUUCUAAAAUUAGUCCACUGUUUACUAUUUGGGGAUCUCUUUUUGCUAAGGCCAAUGCAAUAUAUAAUCCUAUUGUAUAUGGAAUAAGUCAUCCAAAGUAUAGAGCAGCAUUAAAAGAAAAACUACCAUUCUUUGUGUGUGGAUCAACAGAAGAGCCUGCAGCAUCUGCAGGAAAUGCUGAAGUAUCUUCUACUACAACAACGAGUGGAAAAGCAUAAUUUUUCAUUAUUAUUAAUAUUCUUUAGUUUUCUUCUUAAAAUGGAAGUAUAAAUAAACUUCUAGAGAAUUAAUAAUGCAUUACUAUCAAAGUUUAAUAUAAUUUAUUGAUAAUUGUGUAAAAAAGCAUUAAUUAUAAAAUAAUUACGAUUAUUAUUUAAAAAUAAAUAAUUCAGUGCAUGUUUA